UCCGCGCACCUGAACUCAAGCGUAAAUGAAUGAACCGUUAUUGAUAAAGUAAAACUAAGUUCCAGUGACAGAGGAGAAUCACUCAGGCUGACAGUGUUAUUAGUGUGCUAACAAACUGUGUGAUACUUGUAACAAAGGAUAUGAUGUCACUGCCACCACCUUCCCAGGGGUGCACAGGCUCUAACUCUCCAGAUUCAACAUUGCAGUAUGAGACAGAUGCCUCCGACAGACCUCAACGUCCUCCAACACCACGAAAUCCCCAAGAUUCACCAUGGACACAUGCACACAUGGAACAUGGUCCUCCGCCUCCUCCGCCACGCUCUCCACUGUGGUAUGAGACUGUCUCCCUCACACCUCAACCUCCUCCAGAACUACUCAAUUCCUCAGAUUCACCACUGCAGUACGGGACAGAUGCCUCCCACGCACCCCAACCUCCUCCAACACCAGCAAACUCCCCCGAUUCAUUUUAUUUGUUUCAUUUGAAACAAAAGUGGGUUCCUUCACUGCCUCCUGAACCGCCUCGGCAUCAUUCCCCACACUGGAAGAUUGAGAUAAAGAGGAGGAGGAGUAUGAUGAGGAUGCAGUGGUGGAAGUGGCACCUGUUUGUCCCCAAACUGAAGAUGAUAAAGGAGGACUCUGUGCUGUUGAUAGACAACACCGACACUGACCUGUCAUCUGACCUGUCACCGGACCUGUCACCGGACGACUCUGCGGCAGACACCAACAUAAUUUAAAUGGAUGAGGAGGAAGAGAAACAUUUUAAUUUGUAGUUGAUUUUUUAAAAUUCUUGUGUGGUUGGUUCGCCUUGUGUGUUCAAUGUCUGAGGCAUUGUUUGCAACUUUUAUUGAAGUUGAUUCAAGUUCAUGGUUCUGGUGUUCUGUAAAUUGAAAAUACAUUGUGUCACAGUUUAUAGUAAUUUUACUGUUUGAAAGAUGAAUUUGUUUCCUCUGACUAAUGUUAAGAAAUAAGGGAACUCUUACAGGUUUUUCUGGUGUGGAACCAGGGGCACAAAUAGAAAAGGAGUCUCAAAGCGUCACUUGCGUCUGUAUGAUGCCAUGACGCUUGCUGUCUUGUACCGUAAAUCUUCUAAUAGUUACCGUCAUAAUUUCGGUGCUACAAUAAUAGUCACGGUACAGUGUUGAGCUGAAUCAAUAAAUUACUCUUCUCUCUUA